AUGUUAAAACUAAGGCCAACACCCAUAGAGGAUAUUGUGGGUGAAGAGAUUGCCAAGGUACUUCCAGACCAUGGAAAACCUUGGUACAGAGUCAAACACUUGCUUUUGCUCAAUGCGCUUUUGAUUGUGCCGCUUCUCUCAGCUGCAACAACCGGCUAUGAUGGCUCGUUGAUGAACGGACUUCAAUCUAUGGAGGAAUGGAGAGCUGAGUUUGGCCACCCUCGUGGGACAAUGUUAGGAUUCAUCAAUGCCGCCAUGAGUAUUGGAGGUGUUGUUGUUCUCCCUAUUGGAGGUUAUUUUUCAGACAACUUUGGAAGAAGAAUCACCUUGGCAAUUGGUUUAUCAGGAAUCGUCGUUGCCACAAUCAUCCAGUCUACCAGUAAUAAUCUCGGCCAGCUUAUUCCAUCGCGGUUUAUAGUGGGUGCGGCUGGUUUGCUAGCAGCUCAACCAGCCCCAUUGCUUGUGGCCGAGUUAUCCUACCCUACGUUCAGAGGAAAAAUUACAUGUUUGUACUGGGCCUUUUAUUACAUUGGCGCCGUUUUGGCAGCUUGGCUGUGUUUCGGAUGCACUGGUAGAAGGGAUUCCUGGGCAUGGCGGAUUCCAACCAUUCUUCAAGGUGCAUUUCCUGCUAUCCAGCUCGCCUUCUUGUUUUUGGUUCCUGAAAGUCCCAGAUGGCUUAUAUCCAAGGGAAAAGUCGAAAAGGCAAGACAAAUAUUGGUAAAGUACCACGCUGGUGGAGAUGAGCAUAGUAAGCUUGUUGAGGUGGAAAUGCUCGAGAUUUCUACUGCUUUGGAGAUGGAGAAAAAUGCCAAUCAGACAUCCUGGAAAGCCCUCGUUGCCACUCCUGGUAAUCGUAAGCGUACGUACAUUGCCUUCACGUUAGGUAUUUUCUCCCAAUGGAGUGGUACCCCUGUUGUGUCAUACUAUUUUACUUUGGUGCUCGAUACCAUUGGUAUCACAUCGUCAUACAUGCAAACGUUGAUCAACGGAUUCUUGCAGGUGUUUAAUUUUGUGUUUGCCACUUUGGCAGCAUUGUUGGUUGACUUCUUUGGAAGAAGAUUUUUGUUCUUGUGGUCAGGUAUUGGAAUGCUCAUAUCCUAUAUCAUCUGGACAAUUUUUUCGGCAAUUUUCGAACAGACUUAG